UCUUGUCCAUUAGCUGGAGAGCCAGUCGGAGGCUCCCCUAGAGAAAAAGAGAAUAUGUCAGAGAGUGAUCUAUAAUUUUUCCCACCCAAGAUCUCUUGAAUUAGUUUUCGCUUUCAGUCACUAUUCAGAAUUCACACCACAAUGACCGUAGAAGAGCCGCAAAUUGUGGCAAUCAGUGUCUCUCACAAGCAGCAGAUCGGCUAUCUGAAAGAUGAGUCCACCUGGAUCCAUUGUCCUUCCUGUGAAAAGUUUGGCAUGAGUGUGAUUAAACUGGAGACUGUAACCUGUCUUCAAAAGUUUCUAGAAUUCACAAAACUUUGCAAAAAAUGGUCUGGUCGCCAGGACAUUAAUCACUAUUGCUCACACUGCGGAUGCUAUAUUGGGAGAUUUGUUUCCAUCAACUGCUCUGAAAGAUGCAUUUCAAAAUCGGCACGUCGUCAGGCAGCCGUAGAUGAAAUGACACUGAAACAAAAACCAAAGGAUUGUGCCGAGAGGGCCCAGAAAUCCAGGGAGAAAAUCCUGGCCGAACGGGAAAGAAAACGGGCUGAAAAGGCAGCCAAGGAUUUGCAGAAAACUGAAACACAAAUCGCAGUUCAUCAAUGAAUUAUUUCUAAUUAAAUCAAAAAUUAAACUGGAAACUUUUUUAACCAAAAA